AUGCAGCCGCACCUUCCAAUACAGCUACCUUGUUACGACUUCACUCCAGUCACUAAGCUGGUCGAGAUGGCAAAUAGUAAAUACGAGUAUGUCAAGUCGUAUGAAGUCGAAGAUGAGGUUUUUCUGCCCAAUUUCAUUGUUGUUCAAAUCAACGGCCGUGGUUUUAAGAGGUUUUCUCAAGUUCAUGAGUUUGAGAAGCCAAAUGACGAAGUAGCUUUGAAUUUGAUGAACUCAUGCGCUAUUUGUGUGUCAGAGGAGUUUCCUGAUGUUGUGUUUUUGUACGGAUUCAGUGACGAGUACAGCUUUGUUUUCAAGAAGACAUCCAAGUUCUACCAGAGACGUGCCAGCAAAGUAGAGUCCAUUAUUGCAUCUUUCUUCACAUCGGUAUAUGUGAUGAAAUGGAGAGAAUUCUUUCCUCAUAAGGAGUUAAGAUACUCCCCUUCAUUUCAUGCACAGGUUAUAAGCUGUGCUUCAAUAGAAGUCCUUCAAUCAUAUCUUCUAUGGAGACAAACUAAUUGUCAUACAAAUAACCUACAUAAGACUUGCCAAUGGGAGCUAAUUAAAUGUGGAAAGACCGAAAGUGAAGCAUUGGAGUUACUAAGGGGCACUAGUAAGGAAGAAAAAAAUGAUCUUCUUUUCAGAAAUUUUGAGAUUAACUACCAGAAAUUGAAUCCGAUGUUCCGACAAGGAUCCUGCAUUUUGAAAACUGAGGUGAUUGACAUUGUAAAGCACAGAGAAAAUGGCUCUCCUGUCAGGAGACUUAGAAAAAAGUCUAGCAUAGUCCAUUCAAAGAAUAUAGCUGGAAAAUGUUUUUGGAACAAUCACACUGGUCUUCUGAAGGAGCUCGGUAGCUUUACAAAUGACAUUGGAAAAGUUGAACCAGAUUAUGUUAGGUUUUCAGAUGUUCAUGAAUUUGUGAAGCCGAAUGAUAAGCAAGCCCUCAACCUUAUGAAUGCAUGUGCAGUGGCUGUUGUAAAAGAGUUUCCAGACAUAGUUUUCUCCUAUGGAGUCAGUGAUGAAUACAGCUUUGUUCUGAAGAAGGAUUCUCAUUUCUAUCAAAGGCAAGCAAGUGAGAUAGUAUCUGCCAUUGUGUCAUUAUUCACUUCCAUAUACAUAACGAAAUGGAAAGAUUUCUUCCAUCAAAAAGAGUUAAAGUACCCUCCUUAUUUUGAUGGACGUGCUGUGUGCUAUCCAUCAGUUGAAAUUCUUCGAGACUAUCUAGCCUGGAGACAAGUUGAUUGCCAUAUCAACAAUCAAUACAAUACUUGUUUCUGGGAGCUUGUUAAGUCUGGAAAAAGCAAAAGUGAAGCUCAGAAUUUUCUAAAGGGUACUCAGACUGGAGACAAAGAGAAAUUGCUGAAGCAAUUUGGUAUUGACUACCACAAAUUACCAGCCAUGUUUCGCCAAGGUUCCUCCAUUUUCUGGGACAAGGAAGACGUCACAAUGAUGCAGGAGAAAGAAAAACCUGGUGGAAAUUCUUUGAAAAGAGUUAUUGUAGAACAUUGUAAUAUAAUUGAGCCAAGCUUUUGGGCUGCGCAUCCAACAAUUCUUUAUAGGUAA